AUGUCUUCCGUUCAAGUCCCCGACUUUCCCACUGAGUUCAAGGGUGAUCUUGUCACGCCACACAGUCCAGACUACAGCAAGGCGAUCGCGCGUUGGGCGCUGAACGCGAAGCGCGAGGCGAAGAUCGUCGCCUUUGUCAAGGAUGUCCAGGAUAUCUCCCUCGCAAUCCAGUACGCGCGUUCACACGGCCUCGAAAUCGCUAUCAAGGGCGGCGGGCAUAACCCUGCAGGCGCAUCCUCAACUGAGGGAGGUCUCGUCAUCGACCUCAGUCGCUACCUCAACUACGCGCGCGUCGACCCCGAGAGGAAAAUCGGCUGCGUUGGUGGCGGAGCGAUCUGGGAGAGUGUCGACAAGGCCGCAACUGAGCACGGUCUCGCGACGGUGGGUGGCACAGUGAAUCACACCGGUGUUGCUGGCCUGACCCUCGGCGGUGGUUACGGUUACCUUUCCUCAUCUUACGGUCUCGCCCUCGAUAAUGUCUUGGAGGCCACCGUCGUUCUUGCUGAUGGCAAUAUCGUCAAAGCGAGCAAGACAGAGAAUCCCGACCUCUUCUGGGGUAUCCGUGGUGGCGGAUCCAACUUCGGCGUCGUCUCCGAGUUCGUCUUCCAGCUCUACGAUCAACGCAGGACCGUCUUCGGUGGCAUGGCAACGUACGAUCGCAGCCAGCUUAAGGCGCUGACAGAGGUCACUGCGGAGUGGUGGGACGACCCGGGCGACAAGUCCUCGCAGAUCCAGACGGCGGUUGUCGGACACAACGGCAAGCCUGUCAUGAUUGUCCUGUUCUUCUACAACGGCUCCGAGGCGGAGGGCCGAGCGUUUUACAAGAAGUUCUUUGACAUCGGACCCAUCGACGAUCAAGUGCGGGAAAUCCCAUACGAGGCGGUCAACGCGCUGCAGAAUUCCGUAUUGUACCACGGCCAGGGCGUGUAUAACAAAGGUGUCGCGCACCGCAAGCCCGAGUACGAGAGCGUGUUGAAGGCGUUCGACCGCGUCGCCGAGCUCGCCGCCGGGGCGGGUCCUCAUCCGGUCGUCAUAUUCGAGUACUUCCCGCUCCACAAGAUCAACGCCAUAGACAGCGAGGAGACGCCAUUCCGCCGCGACCCCGUCCCGUCCGUGUUCGUCGCCGCGCUCUGGGUCGAGGACACGCGGGAGAACCUGGAGCGCGGCCGCGAGAUGGUGUACGACCUGAUCGGGCUCGUCAAGAGCGCGAACCCGCAGCUCUCGGCGGAGCAGCAGGCUGGGUACGGAAAUUAUGACGACGAGGCGGUGUCGAAGGGCGCUGUGGAGAAGGCGAGGCUGGUGUUUGGCAAGCACUAUGCGCGUUUGCAGGAGGUCAAGAAGAAGUACGACCCUGAUCAGGUUUUCCACAAGUGGUUCCCCAUCAUACCCACUCUGUAG